GGAUAUCGUAGCCAAUAUAUCAUCACAAAGCGAACCCUCUCUUGUUGCAUAGUGACCAGUCAUUAAACCAUUUUGCCCUUCACCGUGUUUGUUUAGUCUGGCAAUAUUCAUGUCUAUGUAGUCAAAGUGCAUCACAUUAAUUUCAAGAAAGAGCGUUGGAUUGUAUGCCAUAAAGAAUGAAAGGCAUUUGAAUCUCGUGCUGCUUCAACUGAGGCAACGCUUUGUUCAAAAAUAAUGAAAGAUGAUACUCGAAGAUUGCCAUGCAAGACGUUUUAAAACAGAGUUGGUUUAUGAUAAGUGAAUAAGAAGUCUCUGAGUUGUAAUUUGAAGAAAUCACUACAAAAUAUCGCAAUGAAUAAUACUACGGGAAUUGAAGAGCAAAAAGAAACAGAUCGUUUGCCGUAUUGGUCACACGUACUCGCUCUUAUUGUUUAUAUUUUGUUAUUUUUGCUCGCAGUAUUUGGUAACUCGCUUGCAUUGUGGAUACUUCGUACCAAACCGGAACUUCGAACUUUGACACAUGCCUUUCUUAUCAAUCUUGUUAUUUCGGAUCUACUUCUUGCAUUGCUGACGCCGUUCGAAGCCGUUGCUACUUUCUCGGCUACCUAUGUAUUUGGGGAUUACGGCUGUAAAAUGCAACGAACUUCCUUGUAUUUCUUCUACGCAGCGUCUAUUUUAACUUUAUCUGCUAUUAGUCUUGAAAGAUAUGUCGCCAUUUGUUAUCCCAUGAAAUACGACUAUUUCAAAAAGUGCAAAUCGCGAAUCGUUUUGUUCAUUUGGUUGUUUUCUGCUCUCAUUGUAAUUCCACAUGUGUAUCUUAGCGAGGAACGGACUAUAGAUGGCGAGAUCGUCUGUUUUCAAUUUCAUACUACAGAUAAAACUCGUGCACCAUUCUUUUGGGGGUAUUUUAUACCCUGUUUUUUUCUUUUGUAUAUUUUACCUUUGGGGAUGGUGACCGUUACUUAUUGGAAGGCUCAUAAAAAACUACGUGAACUUGAGAGCCGUUUAGAAGUCAACUCUACCGUGGACAUAGCAAUGACGUCUCGUAUGAGAAAGGAGAUCUUGAGAAUGUUAUUUGUUGUCAUUGUAUUCUUCGUCAUUCAGUGGACUCCAUUUGAAAUUGUUGAGAUACGGGAUUCUUCUCCAGGUACUAUGGAUGAGAAGAGUCCUAUCAAUUCAUAUCGAGUUGCAGUUCAUAUGCUUGCCUUUUCAAACGCUGUGGUGAAUCCAAUUUUGUUCGGAUUCAUGUCAAAGCCAUUUCGAGAAGGAUUUAAGGAAGUUGGAUUGGCGAUCACAAUGUUGAUAUGUUGUCGUUGUUGGAAUAAGAAUUUCUUAAGCAAAUUUUCUUUAGGAUUGCGGAGAAAGGAAAACAAUGCUAGUUUCACUUCUUCAGUGCCUACGAUUAGUUAUGUAGAAAGGGAUUGGAGUUCUAGCUCUGUGAAUACGGAGAGGCGCCUAUCUGUUGUGUCAAGUGGAUUGAAUGACGUACAAGAUAGUGGUGUUCCACGUGAUCAUAUAUUGUAAUUUUUCUCAUCUUUAUAACAAUUACUAAUGCGCUACAAUUACAUUUAUUUUACCGAAGAACGUUUCACACUUUGGUGGCGGCAAAAUUAUGAUAUUAAAUGCUCUAUUUACAUCUUUCUACGUAAUUCAUACUUUUUACUCAAUGUAAAAAUAUUAACAUGAUUAUCUUUGAUUUACACAAUAAUAUAUUUAAGCGACGCAAACUAGAUCUACGUGGAGAAUUGUGUAUAAUUGUAUAUAGUUAUCCCAGCCAUCAAUUUAUGUAUUGCCUUUGCUAAAUUAAUUUUUGUAUUGGUUGAGGUAACCUUUACACAUAAAGUACAUGGAUUAAAUAAAUUGUACGAGAUAAUA